CAUCGCGCUGGACACGGUGCACUCAGGAGUUCGGGAGCAUGAGUUUUCUGGGCAGAUUUAAGAAACCGCUCGGUGUCCCCCCAGCCCCGCCCAGAAGAGCAGAAGCCGGCAGCGAUAAGGGAUGGCCUGCGGAUGAGUUUGACGAUGAAGACGGGGAUACUUAUGAAGCACCCCCCUGCGAGCGCAUGAAACUACCGCCCCCCCGGCAACAGGAGGACGAGGAUGUCUACCUGGAGAGGACGUCGUCGAACCCUGGUAACACACCCAGACAGAUCCCUCCUCCCAGACCUGUCAAGAUCUCGAGGUCGGUGCCAGAGAUUGAAGAGCAGUACUUCAACCCCAGCGCCAAGAAACCUCCGCAGAUCAAUCGAGAAGCGAAGCCUGGGAGUGGUAUGAAAGCCCCGCCCCUAAAGAGAGACCCCGCCCCUGACCGACUGCCGCCCCGCAGACCCGCCCCCGCAGCCCAGCCCGAGGAAGACGUCUAUCUGGAUCCCAACGAAGGACAGGGGGAUGGUGAUGAGGAGCUGUAUCUUGAACCCAACACAGCCUGCCCCCCCAGCCCACGGAACACAGCCAAACCGGGGGUCCCCCCCCCCUCACCGGGACCCUGCAACUACAGGAGCCCCCCUCCAAAGCCUCCAUUGCCUCAGUCGAAAUCAAGAGGGAUUCUCACUCUGAGUCCAUAUCUAAGUGUCCCCACCCUCUUAUUCUCAGCAGCCAAUCCAACGCCAGUGAGGUCAUCUCUGUCCAGUGGUCCCGAGGGCUGUGAGUGGUUUGCUGGUUCCUGUGAUCGCAAGAUGGCCGAGUCUCUGCUCUACAGGAUAAACAAGGACGGCUCAUUCCUGGUGCGUCUCAGCUCGGCUCAAAGUUUGAAGCAGCCCUACACUCUGGUGGUUCUGUACAAACACAAAGUCUACAACAUCCCCGUGCGCUACCUGGAGAGCAGCCAGCAGUACGCACUGGGGAAGGAGGGCAAGAAAUCAGAGGAGCUUUUCUCCAGUCUCUGUGACAUCAUCGAUCACCACAGGAAGAACCCUCUCCUGCUGAUUGACAGCAAGAGCAACGCCAAGUACAGCAGCUUACUGACUCACCCUGCGCGGGCCUGAGCGGGACGGGACCGCAGAGACCCUGACCCUAACCCUAACCCUAACCC